AUGUCAUCGUCCAGACAAAGAGUGCAGCAGGCACGUGCACCCGUGUUGCCUGCAAAGACGACUCCAGAACAGAAAUACUGGCGUGGUUUCAUGAACCCACAACUCAUCAAGGAAAACCAUCCCAUUACCCACAUUCAUUUCAAUCCCGUUUCACCGCAUGAUUUUGCCGUGACUUCUUCCACAAGAAUUCAAGUCUUUUCUUCUAAAACGAGGCAAGUUACAAAGACGUUUUCAAGGUUCAAGGAUACCGUAUAUUCAGGUGAGUACAGAUACGAUGGUAAGCUCUUGGUCGCAGCCGAUGCCCUGGGUCUCGUUUCCAUCUUUGACGCAUACCAGCCUCGUAAUCUCCUUGUCAGUCUAUCACCUUCUUCUCAUCCUUCGCAUGUGGCUAGAUUCCACCCAACUAUUGGCAACCAGCUUGUCACAGGUUCAGACGACAGAGUAAUGAGAGUAUAUGAUAUUUCACAGAGCACGAGUGGCCCCAUUGUUGAGUUCGAUGAUUCCCAUCAUGAUGAUUACAUCAGAAGCUGUGCAUUUGUUCCAGGCAAUCCAAACUUGAUUUCCACAGGUUGUUACGAUGGUGUGGUGAGACUCUUCGACACAAGACAACCUGAUCCAGUUGCCAAGUUUGACCAAGGCAACCCCGUUGAGGAUGUUUUGGCCCUUUCACCAACUACUUUAGUCAGUGCUGGUGGCCCUCAGGUGAAGGUAUGGGACUUGGCUAGAGGCUCCCAGAUUAGGGAAUUCACGAAUUUCACCAAAACAGCCACUUCUUUGCAUGACGCUGGUAACAGAGGCUUGCUCGUUGGAUCGCUUGAUGGUCACGUCAAGAUCUUUGACUACAGCUCGCCAAACUGGGACGUCAAGUUCGGUUGGAAGUUCGGCAGUGGUGGUGUCUUGUGCACGGCUGUGUCACCAAAUUACAAGCAUUUCGCUACUGGUUUGACUUCUGGUCUUCUUUCCAUCAGAACGAGGAAAACCGAGCCAAAGAAAACGCAACAAAAACAACAACAUAGUCUUUCAUACUCGAGAGCCAUCAAGGGUAAUGACUACACUGGAGAGCAAGACGCCCAGGUAGUUUCCACUACAGGAACAGGUCCAAAGAAGGUCACAGCUUAUGAAAAGAAUCUCCGUGCUUUCAGAUGGGCUGAAGCACUUGAUGUUGCCGUUAGCGGCAUUUACCCAAAGGACCAGGUGGUGACCGUUUUGCAUGAGUUAAAGAAGAGAGGUAAGAUCAGAGUAGCAUUGUAUGGCAGAGACGAGAUCUCAUUGAUGCCAAUUGUACAAUGGUGUACCAAGAACAUCGAGGACGUCAGGUAUUUCAACAUUAUCUGUGACUACCUCGCUGUUAUCCUUGAAAGCUAUGGUCAUUUGCUCAGUAAAAGUGUUGCUCUUGAAGAGGCAUUCAACACUUUAUCACAGCGUAUAAGAUUGGAGGUGAGAAAAUGCAAGGACGCUAAGGAAAUGAGUGGUAUGUUGGAGUUGUUGGCAAUUUAA